AUGGCAUCUUCGGGUGUCGAAUACCCCGCCGCCUCAGCUCCUGGGUAUACGGUUGGAAAUGGUCUCUCCGAUACGGAGAAGAUUGCCCUCGGUCGGCAAGAUAGCCAGAUCGAAUCCCUUGCGAUGGUUGGGGAGACAGACGGCACGCACCGCAAACUUAAGGCUCGCCAUAUACAACUGAUCGGCAUCGGCGGCACGAUUGGCACGGCCCUCUAUGUCCAGAUCGGUGCCGCACUACUCGAUGGUGGCCCGGGAAGUCUGUUCAUUGCCUUCUCGCUCUGGUGUACUGUCAUUCUUGCCGUGACCAUGUGUAUGGCAGAGAUGGUGUCAUAUCUACCCAUCUCCUCGCCGUUCAUCCGUUUCGCCGGUCGUUAUGUCGACGAAGCCUUCGGUUUUGCUGCCGGGUGGAAUUUCUUCGUCUUUGAGGCUAUGCUCGUGCCUUUCGAAGUGACGGCAUGUAAUGUUGUUAUUCACUUUUGGAGUGACAUUGUGCCGGCAGGCGCUAUAAUUGCAAUCGUCCUUGUGCUUUAUGCGCUGAUCAACCUCCUGGCUGUUGAAUGGUACGGUGAAACGGAAUUCUGGGCCGCUCUCGGCAAGGUGUUACUUAUCGUCGGGUUGAUUAUAUUUACGUUCGUUGUAAUGGUGGGUGGGAAUCCGCUGCACGAUCGAUUCGGCUUUCGGUAUUGGUACGAACCUGGCUCGUUCGCCGAGUAUUACACGACAGGAUCCCUUGGCCGUUUCCAGGGCUUUAUGCAAUGCUUGAUCCGGGCGGCUUUUACUAUUGCUGGUCCGGAUUACGUCUCUAUGGCCGCUGGAGAAGCCGAAAAUCCUCGCGUGGUAAUGCCUAAAGCCUUUAAUGCAGUGUUCUAUCGGUUGACUACAUUCUUCAUGCUUGGGUCUCUAUGCGUAGGAAUCUUAGUUCCAUACAACGACGCUGAAUUGACUCGGGCAAACGCCAAUGCCGCGCCUGGGGCGGCAGCUUCACCAUAUGUUUUGCUAUGGAUCGAUUGA